UGGAGAGGGCGCAGUUCCGCGCUAACCUCCGUGCCGCCUACAUCACGCUCGAUCUCUCUCUCUCUCUCUUCCCGCGAGUAUUUCAUCGCUGUACGCAGUGUAUUUCCCUCCGUGGAACAACACGGCAGUCAUAGAGAAAAGAGAGAGGAUAGUUAGCACGUUAUACGCGUAGAAAGAUUCAUCGGGAAUACGGAUUCGAGGUUAAGCCUCUCCGCGAGAGUGAGAAUACACAGUGAAUAUAUCUAUACGUUUAGAUAGAGAGUGUAAAAGAGGGAGAGAGAGAAACUGGCUCCGUGCUGAGAUUUGAAAUUCGCGCGCGCUCGCGCUCUCGCUGUCUCCGUAUAUAUCUGGUGCCGUGCUGUGCGGAAAAUCGGUGUUUCAUCGUAUAUAGUACGACAGAUUUUUUUGGUUGGUUCUGUGUGUGCGACUGCGGCAGGAUGACGGGGCUAAAAAGCGGCAUCCUGGUGCUGAUGCUGCUGACGGUGUUGGCGGCGAGAGAUGCUCAGGGGGCCAAGCUGUCCGUCGACGCGAAGAUGCGCGAGGACACCGACUUGUCUCAGUUCUACACGUUGCUGGAGGGCAACCCGAUAGCCAACGCCACACUGAUGCACAGGCACGUGACGGUGUUCGCGCCGACCAACCAGGCGUUCCAGAAGUACAAAAACACCGUAGAAAACAACCUCGUUCUCUACCACAUAUCAAACCGACCUUCAAGAACGGAUCAGUUCGGUCAGUCGUUAAACUCGGAACUCGAGGGUAACCCGCCACUAUGGGUUACCAAGAAGCACGGACCGAAGGGUUACGAGGAGAUCUACAUCAACAACGCAAAGAUCAUCGAGGGUAGCAACUACGAGUCGACCUUCGGGACCAACGAGCACGACAAAAAGAUUCAGGUGCUGCACAAGAUCUCGGAGGUGCUCGAACCUGUGCUGCCUCUCCGAAGUUCCGAGCUCAUCUACAAUCCGGACGCUUACCAGUUUCUCAACCAGAGCGAGAGCAUCGCUCUGGGAAAUCAUCGUGUUCGCACGUUCCAUCACAGGGUAAAGGUGACCGGCAAAAGCAACGUGUUCAGCUCGGAAGGCAGGUACACCUUCUUCAUUCCCGUCGACGAAGGCUUCAAGCCGGCGCCGCGAGCCAAUAAGAUCGACGAGAAGGUGAUCGACGGUCACGUGAUACCUGGUCACGUGCUCUUCACCGCUCCGACGCCCAGCAACAAGCCCUAUGAGACUCUCGCCUUCGGCGACAAUCUCAAGGUCACCAUAAGCUUCUCAACCGAGCACUCCGACAAGGGUCACGACAAGUACUACGUAAAGUCGGACACUCUGCUGGGCGACUCUCAGCACCCGUCAGCCUCGGUCCUAGCCGAGAUCGUCAAGCCCAACAUCCCGGUGAAGAACGGCGUGGUUCACCUGAUCCAGAAUCCACUGAUGGUCGUCGACACCACUGUGCAAGAGUUCAUUCAGUCCUGGAAGGGCAUCGAUAAGGAGGACGGACCUCUUUUCAACUUCUACCAAGUGAUCCGUGAUCAGGGCGAUGAGUUCAUGAAGUCGGUCUCACGACUGUCCAACGUCACGCUGUUCGCGCCACGAAAUGCCGCUUGGGAAGAACCUGGUGUCAAGCAGAUUCUUCAAGACAAGAACCGCGUCAAGCAACUUUUGGACCUGCACUACGUGAAGGAGUACCUGCCCCUCGAUGUGAUCGAGAGGAAGACGAUACGACAGCCCCUUUGGGUUACUCAGACGCAUUACUCGGUGCAGACGGUGGCGCCGCGCAUGAGCCUGUACUUCAACGUCGUGGAGGGUCCGUCCGGCAACAACACCGUGACGGUAGAGGGCGGUGGCGUCAACGCGACCAUCAUCACUGCGAACAUCGGUGCGACGAACGGAAUCAUCCACAUCAUCGACAGGGUCCUCGGUGUGCCGUACACGACUGUUCUCGACAAGCUCAAGACCGAUCCGACUCUCAACUCGACAUACCACUUGGGAAUGAGCCAUGGCUUCAACGAGAGACUCGGCGACCCCAGCAUGCGCUUCACCUUCUUCGCACCCCAGGACAAGGCCUGGCAGGACCUGCACAUCAUGCAGCCCUCUGUCUACAAGAAGAUGUUCAUGUCUGACUUUGCCUAUCACACGAAGCAAAUUCUGGAGCGACAUCUAGUGGUGGGUGAGGCGUUCACGAUGAAGAAACUUGUCGAGAUGGACAAGGAGGGUAAACUGAUGCAACUGCAAUCCAUGAGGGACAAGCUUGUCAUUAAAGUUCGAGAAGCUGGCGACAACGAGAAGAACCGAGACGACGAAAACGCGAUUCGUCCGAACACAGGCGCGGGCGGCUAUCAGAUCGAAUGGAUGGGCAAGAAGAUCAAGGUGAUCCGACCUGACGUUGCCUGCACCAACGGCAUCAUCCAUGUAAUCGACGACGUAAUGCUGAGGGAGAGCGACAUCUACGUGACGGGAAGUGGCGCCUCAGUACCCGGCUUCAUCCUGCCCCAUUUGCUGACGCUGCUCGUCGCCAAGUGGCUGCUGUAAGCCCUCUGAACACCUCGAUGAAUAUUCAACGCAAGCUGCUCCCGGGCGAUUUUGAACGACGCGGAGAGAGAAAGAGUUGGCCGCCAUUUUGUCGUAGUCGGUCCGUCACUCACAAGAUGGCCGACGUCGAGUUACGAGUUUUAAAGAUAUACUGACGUAGUUUGUAAGUCUGGAAGAGUCUUUCUCUCUCUCGGUCUUCGGAGGAGGCUAAUUUACCAAUGCGGGAGACCACCAUCGAAAACACAAGAGAAAUGGGCCUCUGAACGAGAGGACGAACGAUAGCCUAUUAAUUUAUUGAGAAAGGAGAUAGCGAUCGUCUCUGGUCUUGGUCGACGACGGGGACAGAGAAGAGAAGAGAAGGAAAGAAAGAGAGAGAGCGUUGAUCGUACCGAAUAAGCAACUGUAGUUAUAAACUGAGUAACCUUGACAUAAAAAAUGACUAUUGCUAUAUAUACAUGCUAUCGGGGUGACUCACUACCACACAUGCAACAUCAUCGUAGUGAAAGAUUUAAUUAUAUAAAUGAAUAUUUUUAGUUUUCUUUUCAAAGCCUUAUGGAUAUUUUUAUUUUUAUUUCAUUCAUUCGGAGUCGAUGAAUGCCACGAAGACCUUAAGUGAUGUAUGACUAUACUUAAGUUCGUACGAGAAAUGAUUAAAAGUGGAAUGCUUUUAUAUUGGAAUAAGUUGUUACGCGACUCGGUGAUUGUAUUCUCCACAAUAUAUAUCCGAUAGUAAUUUUCGGAUGACAUAAGUAUAACUACUGUAACUGAAUGUGUAUUUCAGAAUUUCCUUCACCUUAUGUAUUCUUGCGUUCAGCGUUGACAGAUGAAUUUAGUAUGAUAGAGUGGAAAAAGUCGAAAAACGAAAGAUGAUCAAACAAGUUCAGAGAAAAUAGAAGUACCGAGUCUCGCUAAUAGAUGCUAACUGUAUUAUAAGUAUUUGCUAUAUACUUAUUGAUGAUACUGCCAGUUUGAAGCGCUAAAAGAGCCUAGACGCUCGAAUUUUGUACAAUUAUAACGAUCAAAAUGUUUAAAUACACACACACAAGCGAAAAAAAGCAAACAAGGAUUAAAAGCUGUUGGGGUCGCGAGACUACCAUUACUCGACUGUUUUUCAAGUCGCUAUUAUUCUUUUACUCACUAAAGAAAAAUAAACCAUAAUCGAGACGAGUUAUGUUGUUGACGUUGUACAGAGGUUUCUGUAUAUGUAUCAAUCUACAAGGAGAUAUGAAACAUCGUUUUCUUCAUUGCCUUCGAAAAAUCGAAAAACUAUAUUUCGUUGAAAUUCAAAUGAAACUUUAAAGACCAUAAAGUUAAAUUGUAGAUGUUCCCUUUUUUACGAGCUUUUAUAUGGACUGCGCUUUCGAGAAUGUGAGGGAAUCGAUAUGGCAAAUUCAAAUUUUAUUCAACGACAUAAUAAAUAUCUUAAUUCAAGAUUCAACAUUGCAAAACCGAUUACACAUCUUGAAUAUCGAUUUUCGUACAUCAACUCGAAAGAAAGAUGAUCUUAAUUCUGUUGAAUUCGAUAAAAAAAAAUACGAGAUUCAUAAUAAACAGAUAAGCAAGAUUGUUUAAUGCAUGUCGUGUUCAUAUCUAAAUAAUCGCCCAGUUCGUGGUAUAAAAAAGUAGUCAAAUUUUCUGCCCGAUGGUUUAAAAGUGCCGCAAAGCGUCGGAACUCAAAGAACAGAAAAAGUCUUCGACGAAGUUAAACGCCGAAAAAUCUAACACACGCGCUCAAGACAACUGGAGUAUUUAUAUAACAACGCCUGCACCUAUGUAGCACGGCGCGUUCAAUUAUCGCAAUCUCUCAGAAAAAAACUUUAAAAGAAUUAAGGGUCGAUGUUACGUAUUGAUAUCAAUCUAUACAUAUAUAAUAUAUAAUAUACAGAGAUAUAUUGCCCAUUGAUGAUAGAAAAGGAAGUACAUAAGUUUAAUUUAAAAGUUAAAUGAUGAGGUAAAUAUUUGCAAAGCAAGAUCACUAUCUUGAAAUUACAGUUUAAUUGUAUUUAGAAAGUGUUCAUAAUUUACAAUUUGCUCACUUACUAGUUUAAUCAAGAUUAUUUUAAUUAAAGGGCAAUUUUGAGGUAGUGAUUACUCGGUUAUUAACUAAAAUCGAUGAAAAAAGACAAAAAAAACUUAUUAACCUUGAUUAAAGUGACGAUAAAAAACAAAUUACUAAAAAGAACAGAAUUACUAUUGAAUGAAACUUGUUGGGACGAAUAACGAAUAUUAUUGAUUAAAAUAAUUAUUAUUACAUGUAUAUGUAUAAAAUCUAAAUACCACUGUUUGCUCACUAGAGUCGAAAGGAAACUAAAAUCGAAGAAAAUAGUAGAACUUUAUCUCUCUGUAUAGAUGUGUCUUAAUGUUCAGCUUGUUGCUUAAAAAGAUAAAAAAACAAGUUUCGAGCUACAUACCGUUUGCUCAUCUCAUUCAAUCGUGCGUAGAUUAAUCGCAAUUAUCAUCGUUAAUAAUAAUAAUACAAAUAAAUAUUCGCGAUUGGUAAACGCGUGUCCAAUAUGAGAAUGAAAUGCAUAAAACUACAAAUGAUCUUUAAUCUAUUAAAUUUAAACAAUAAAAUCAAACUUUACCAAACAAACUCGUUAUAAUAAGUAUAUCUACUGAGCGAAGGAGAAGUUUUAUUUUUAAUCACUUAACACAGCUUUACAAUGUUAUUUGUAAAUUUUGUAGAUAAUAUUAAUAUGUAGACACGCGUUACCGGCUCGCUUUUUUUAAUUCACGCCAAAUAGAGCAGAAUUUAAAUGCAUAUAUAAAAGCAAAAAAUAAAAAACGGAAGCAUAAACUUACAUAAGAUACAUUAUAGGGGAUAUGAAAACUUCGUGUUAUCUUCUGAGUAAAGCUAAGAACAAUUAAAUCUCAAGUAUUUGUAACUUAGAAUCUAAACUAUGUAGGCAGCAACAAUAAUGUAUUCCGAAGUCGGUUAAAACUAUAAUUUUUAUUCCAUGACUAAUGUAAAUAAUAAAGUUAAAUUCAAAUUUGGCUCAGUUGAUAACAAGUUACUUGCAUAUCCUUAUAAGAUACAAUCAACAAUUGUAGCUUGAUUGGGUUAAUGCAAGGAAGAACGGUUUGAUUAAACUGUAAAGUAAUGAUGUUUUCUAAGAUUAAAUAUUAACUGAUUAAGAAACUCUGAAUCUAAACAGCGUUAAAAAAUGAUCCACCCAAAAAAAGCAUAGUAGAGAGUCCGAUCGUAAUGCAGUCGACGGCUCGGAAAGCGAAGUGAGCGUCGCAUUCAGAUGGACUGAUGAGUCUUGAUGGGAUUUUGAUGAUAAAUUGGAAAAGCUAUUGUACACAGUAAAAGAAAAUGUAUCGAGAACUCAUGUAUUGAAAGCCCAAAUUCUCAGAGCUAAACUUUUCAUUGUUAUAAACAACGAAAAGCUGAUUGACGUGGAUGUACAUAAUUUAGCGCGUGAAAAUUUGAGUUCUUCGAGUCUCUCAUCCAUUUUUUCUCAUUGUGUAUCCGAAUACCAUAUAUUGGGGUUCCAGUCAGUAUUAAGCGGAUUUCAGACAUCUCUAUUUUACCGAUGUAGAAUCUUUCCAACCAAGUUUUUUACGUUCAGCAAGGCAUACGCAAAAACCUCCUUGUUUUAUGCUCGAUUUACUGAAAAAAGGCGACGUCGGUAAAACAGAACUCUGGAAUCUCCUUAAAGUCUCAGAAGCCGAUGCCUGCGAGUACAGUCCAUUAAAAAAAUUAACGCACGCGAUCUUAGCCCCUUUUUUCAAGGGGCUACAGAUUGCGAGAAACGUUUCGAUAGCAUGGAUUUUAAGUAAGUUUUGCUAACGAUGCGCAUUUUUGAUAGAACUUUUGCGAAAUUAAUACUGUGAAAGCUCGGGAAAAUGCAUUUUCCUCGAGCUAGUUGUAAGAUUCCGAUAUGCUGCGUUCUUUUAGGUGAUAGCGUAUAUUUGUAAAACCACCUUUCAGUUUGUAAGGGCAUGCUGCAUUGACUGACUGCUCACCAACCGAGUAAACUUGUUGUAAACAUUAAAAAUUGUCAAUUGUUAUCAGUUGAUACACUUAACAACAUUAAAAUACAUCAAAAUCAACAGAAAAUUUUGGCGCCAACGUGGAACUCGGUCGGAAAAGCAUACUCAGGCUUACACAUCUCCCUGCGUUUCUAUAAGAUUUGUAAGAACUGCAAUUCGGUUGCGAAGUUCCAUCGUGACGCUCUUUUUUCACGAGCGUCCUGCUGGAUGAGACUCCGAAACAGCACUCGGCUGAAAAUGCAAUUGUCCUUCACACGUGUUUUUUGUAGAUCUAGUGUUAAAUGAAAACGAUAUUAUUUAGGUAUUAUAAUUAACGUAAAGCUUAAGUUCUCUUGAGUCAUUAUAACACACCAAAUCAUUGAAAAAUCAACCAAAAUAGCUGAAUAAACGAUUGAAAGAACAAAAAAAGAAUCAUCUUCAUCGACUUUUCAUAGCUUUGUACGUACUAAGUUUCGAUCACUCGUUGGCACUGGCAAGAAAAAAAAUCAUUGGCAUACCUAAUCAGAACGUCCCAGCGGCAUGUUAUGAUUUCCUUCCUAGAGUUGUUUCCCACAACAAAAAAACUGAACUAAAAACUCUUUUCUCGAUGCAUUCGCAGAACCCCUACGAAUGCGUAAAUGUUUCCAAAAGUCUAUGUAAAUACGUAGUAGUCGGUCGGGUCGGCCGAUGGCAGCCAUCGGUACCCGUCCGUUUUAAGGGUGUGAGCGAUGAGAAAAACGAUUUCGAGAGAAAGAGACCGAGCGAGUGAUUAUGAUAGAAAGAAAAGAUGAUAAAAAAUAGAAAGGGAAAACAAAAAGUUACGCGUGAGAGCGAUGCCAGUGACUACUUACACAUCAGACAAACACAAAACACGAAAAAUAUACACGCCACGUACACGUGACACUUUUCGUGGCAAUCAUUCAUAAUUAAUCAUUAAACUACCUGCAGUCACUAACGGUUAAGCGUAAAUAGGUAUAUAUGAAUCAUUAUAUAAAUAAAUGUACGAGAUAGUUGUGAUUCGAUUAAACGAUCCUGGGUCGACAAAGAAGGACACACACAAUUUCGAACGAAUCUAAUGUUAAGAGCGGUUUGAUAAAUUUAGACUUUGGAGUUGAAUACACGUACUGAAUAUGCACGCAGACACACGUAUAAAAGACAGAUGACACGUAAUUCACGAGCAACACGCGCGUAUACAUACACGAAUCCACUAGAGUUGUCGGUAAAGAAGACGAAGAAAAUGACUUCAGGUUUUCGAGACGUAUAUAUCUAUUAUUUUUUCUAGUUACAAUUUAUCACAGUUCCCAACUAUAAUUUCUUUUUCGAGGUCUUUUAUUUGUUCGCGAUGUAUAAAAAUAUUAAAACAAAACGGUUUCACUUCUCGAUAUCCCGAAGUCUUGACUCUCCGAACGAUAAUUUAUUAGCUCUCUACAUAUAUUAUAUAUUAUAUAAAUAUAUAUAUAAAUAAAAAAAAUCUAACAAUUAAGCCAUAGUAGGACGUUACAUUUAAGUAUCACAGAGCUAUUUGUAUAAAAUGUCGCUUUGUUUUAUGAAUUUUUGCCGUGGAACAGCAGUAACGGAUUGUGACGCGUCCCUGCGUUUAUCGUUAAAAUAAAAGAAAAAGGAAAAAAUUCACGAUUGUAUUGCAGCCGAUAAAUUUAGGUAUCCCGAUGAUAUAUUUUAGAUAAAACCGUCACUCCGGAGACACUUGAGUUUUUAAAUUAGAGAAAGAAAGAGUUGCGAGAAAUCGAUAGAGAAUACCUGCAGUUUGAACUUUUCAUUCUCUCCUUGAAUUCGAGAGCGACGAGAUGUGUACGACAGAUGCUUUGUUUUUCGCGCAGUGGAGAGACAGACAAAAGAAGUACUAUAUAGGAAACGAAAUAUCGAGACAAAAAAAAACACGUGGAUAAAACUAAACUAAUAAACAGGGAAUACCGACUUUGCGAGUCGAGCAAACGAGAUGAGCGUGUUCGGCGCCUCGUUUCUUGCCUCGCGAAAAUUUUUCACGUUCCUCUUGCUAAAUAAUACAUACGUUCUGUACACUUUCGAUGCUUUUGCUGUAUGAUUUUCUGAUAAAUAAAAAAUUCUAUGAUA